GUGUGUGUGUGUGUGUGUGUGUGUGUGUGAGAGUGAGUGUGUGUGUGUGAGUUUGUGUGUGUCAGGAUGCCGCUGGUGAAGCGUAGCAUCGAGCCCAGGCACCUGUGCAAAACAGUGCUGCCCCGUAGCAUCAAGAACGAGCUGGAGUGUGUGACCAACAUCUCCCUUGCCAACGUCAUCCGCCAGCUCAGCAGCCUCAGUAAGUAUGCUGAGGACCUGUUCGGGGAGCUCUUUAAUGAGGCCCACUCCUUCUCGUUCCGGGUGAACUCCCUACAGGAGCGCGUGGACCGCCUGUCUGUCAGCGUCACACAGCUCGACCCCAAAGAGGAGGAGUGUGAUAACCCGGUAUUCUAG